UGAAGUCAUAUGUCUUAGUACUGUACUUGGUAGAGGAUACCGUCUGUUGUACAGGGGAUUAUAAUGUUUAGAAAACGGUACGGUUACUUAUAGAGUAAGGGUCUCGCUUCCGCUUGAUUGGGACCUUUGGACGCCACUGCCGGGAAGUAGCAGCAAAACGAGCUUCAACUUGUAACUUAAUUUAUUGCGACGAAAGCACGAUUUGGACACAAGUGACUACUUCGUGGAAUAUUUCGUCAUUUUUCUACACUGUUACCGCUAUUCACACCAAAGGAAGUUGUUAGGCGUGUUGAAAUGGCAGAGCACAUGACAAUGGGAGAGGAGUGAAAGUUUUCUCCCGGGACAAGAACACCUGACACCCUCCUACCUCCGCGCUCCCAGCCGCCGGCAUGACCCUCGGCGCGGUGUCCGAAUCUGAGAGCUCGUCGGCGGUCAGCUUCUGCUCAUGCUGCGGGGCUAAGAUGGUGCCAUACUUCAGCGACGAAGCGGUGGUGUCAAACAAUCAGAUCAACCAGCUCAUCAGUGAGAACUUUCUCACUGUUAAAGGUGCCGCCCUGUUCCUCCCCCGGGGAAACAGCCCCACGCCUAACUCUGCACCGCACAUCAGCCAGCGCAGGAACAAGCACACAGGUGACCUCCAGAAACAUCUUCAGACCAUGUUCACUGUGCUGCGGCCGGAGGACAACAUCCGACUGGCUGUGCGUCUGGAGAGCUCCUACCCUCAGGUAACCCGCUACAUGGUGGUGGUCUCCACCAAUGGCAGACAGGACACGGAGGAGAGCAUCGUCCUCGGCAUUGACUUUGUCUCCUCUGAUAGCUGCUGUACAGUGGGUCUGGUUCUACCUCUGUGGAGUGACACUCUGAUCCACUUGGAUGGAGACGGUGGCUUCAGUGUGUCGUCGGUGAACAGGGUUCAUGUUUUCAAGCCGGUUUCGGUCCAGGCCAUGUGGUCAGCCCUCCAGUCGCUCCACAAAGCGUGCGACGUGGCCCGCUGCCACAACCACUACCCGGGCAGCCUGUUCCUGACCUGGGUCAGCUACUACCAGAGCCGGGUGUCCUCCAACCAGUUCUGCAUCAACGAGUGGAACGCCAUGCAGGACGUCGAGUCGCACCGUGCCAAUUCGCCGGUUCUCUUCACAGACCUGCCCACAGAGAGGGAGCGCACAGAGCGGCUGAUCAAGACCCGCCUCCGAGAGAUCAUGAUGCAGAAAGACCUGGAGAACGUCACCUGUAAGGAGAUCCGAACAGAGCUGGAGAUGCAGAUGGUGUGCAACCUGAGGGAGUUCAAGGAGUUCAUAGACAACGAGAUGAUCCUCAUCCUGGGACAGAUGGACAGUCCCACGGAAAUCUUUGAACACGUCUAUCUGGGCUCUGAGUGGAAUGCCUCUAACCUGGAGGAGCUGCAGAACAGCGGCGUGCUCUACAUCCUGAACGUGACCAGGGAAAUCGACAACUUCUUCCCCGGGGUGUUUGAGUACCACAACAUCAGAGUGUACGACGAAGAGGCCACCAAUCUGCUGGAGUACUGGAACGAGACCUACAAGUUCAUCGCCAAAGCAAAGAAAGCUGGGGCGAAGUGUCUGGUUCACUGUAAGAUGGGUGUGAGCCGCUCCGCCUCCACAGUGAUCGCCUACGCCAUGAAGGAGUACGGCUGGGACCUGGACACCGCCUUCGAGUAUGUGAAAGACAAACGGGCCGUCACCAAACCCAACCCUUCCUUCAUGAAACAGCUGGAGGAGUAUCAGGGAAUCCUGCUGGCCAGCAAACAGAGGCAUAAUAAGCUAUGGCGCUCACACUCCGACAGUGACCUAUCAGAUCGCCCCGAGUCGAUGUGUAAGCCAUCGUCUCUGGGCCGCUCCGACUCUCACAACAACAACACCACGUCCUCCCCCUCCUUACAUCACUUCCUGGGCGCGGCCGUGCUGCAGGCGCUCGGUGCUGAAAACUCUGCCAAAUCCAAAACCACACACACCUCUGACUCACACACGGACUCCAACGGCGUGUGUGACUCGCCGGGUCAGGAGGACGAGGGAUCGGAUUGCAAAAACUCCCCAUUUCUCCCCCUCCCCAGACCCCAGGCAGCAUUCGUCUUCCCGGAGGAAAGACCGGACAAUUCGGCGAGCGUGGCGGUCACCGUGCCCGCCGCUCUGCACCACCCCCCACCGUCACUCCACAUCUUACCGCCCACACCUGAACCCCAGCGGGCUCAGCGGGCUCCUCCCACACAUCUGUCCAUAUAUGUGCCCCAAUCACCCAAACCGGGGGAGCUGCCCCUCCAUCUGACUCAGCGCAGCAGCUCCGAGGAAGUCUCUCCUCUCACUCUGGGAUCCGCUGACUCUGACACAAUAGACUCGUCAGAUUUAACAAGCGACAAACACACCCCCCUCAGCCCCGCUAUUGCCACCCCCCGCCUUCUCCAGCUUGCUGCCAGCGAUGACAACAACAACCCCAGCGAGUCAGAGACCGGCGGCGCCUCGGACAGCUGCGGCGAGGCCGACGGCUCGGCCAAUCACAGCACAGACAGCAUCGACUUCUUCAGCGCCAGGGAAAAGUUUCUGGGCCUGGCUCAUGAUGGCAGGUCCCGCACACUUUCUGAGCAGGCUCAACUAAAGACACCCCUGUCACCGGAGGACAACGGAGAGACCGAGGAGAAGGAGGAAGAGGAGCAGGGAUACGGGACGAGUCAGUCUGAAGACAGCCCUGACCGAGCUCACCAUGACAACGGAGUGUCAGUCCGCCAUAUUGUCACGGAGAUAGAAGCCAUAAGCCACCCUUCUCCUUCCCUACCGACCCCUUCUUCUUCCUCCUCUUCUCAUUCAUCGCUCCCUCCCUCCUCCCACAGCCCUCAGCUCACCCAACCAGAGCAUCCGAUGGAGGCGGAGACUUCUUCUGAACUCACCCACGGCUCUCUGACUCCCCCCUCACACCCGCAGUCUCCCUCCAUGCUGCCGUGCGAUUGGCCGGCGGGCUCAGUGCGGCGGGCCACCAAGCAGCUGGAGCAGAAGCUGAGGCAGGAGAUGGAGGUGGCGGCGUCUCAGCGAUCUCCGCUUCACUCCCCCAUCGCCGAACACCCCCCUGUCAGACUGUCACCGUGUCCCACAGAACACACUCCCCCCUGCUUCCCUCAGGACCUCACAGAACACACUCAGGGAGAAAAUCCCAAAGACGGAGAAGAGUCGGACACUGAGCUCCACUCCUCAGACAAACUUUCAUGCUCCCACCGCUCUAACGUCAGUCAUGUCUCUGGUGCUACACCCAUCAUCGUGCUCACAUCCUCCGCCCCCACAGAACAAUCCUCUCUGGAGACCUCAGCCCAGCCCCAAAGACCUCACAGCCAGCAGCCUCAGCCCGGUCCAAACCAGAUGACUGUGGACGGGGUGACGGUGCGGGAGUCGGACGCAGACGAGACCUUCGAGGUCAGCUCGAGUGGGAGGGGGGGAUGUGGCCCCGACUGCGACGCUGAGAGCAGGCUGAUUCGAGGCAGCCAGGAGCUGGAGAGGAUCCAGCAGACACUCCGGGAGCUGCAGGCGUUCCUCCACGACGGCCUGGAGACCGCACACAGCCCGGAUCAGGAAGCGGGGCCGCCUCAGGCGCAGAGAGACGUCAUGGAGACGGAGCCGGGACCUUCUAAAGCGGGGAGGGGCCACCGAGAAAAACAAGAGGAGAAGAGUUUCCUGGAGCCGAUGGUGUGGCAUAGAGCCAUGGAGCUGGAGGCUCGUAUCCGCCAGGCGGGCCUCACACCCCCGUCCCUCAUGAAGAGGUCGGCGUCUUUAGCCAAACUAGACUGUCUGGAGCUGUCGGCCAAUGACCUCAGCGACCUCGACCUCAGGCCACACUCCAGGUCCAUAUCCUCCCACCCCCAGGACCCUUUCUCCAUGUCUCACCACGACGACACCUGGAAGAAGCAGAAAGUGUUGAGCGGCGUUCAAAAGGCGGGUCUGUCCCGUGGCGGCAGGGAUCCGGACGAGUCGUGCUCCUCGCCGUCCCUCUGCUUCCCCUCCAAAGAGGACACGGGGGAGAGGGAGGAGCCGGACGGUACGGUCGCUCCGACUCGCCAGCAGGGGAGGGGACACUCGUCGAGACGGCGCAAAGGCUCCGCUGAGAAGAAGCAGCGUGCCAUCACUGUGCUCUACAAUACCAUGUGACCUCUGGAUGUGCAUGAUGUGUGUGAAUGUGUAGCGGAUCAACUGGAGACCCCGUGUAAACCUCCCAUGUAUGUUUUAGGAACCGAAUGACGAGCAUAUGUCUGCAUGUAAACCACUGGAUGUGUUGUAACUGGACUUCAGGUUUUAAUGUACAGUAAUGAAAAUAUGAAUGUCCAAACUCCUUUUAUGUCCGACUAUUUUUUAAGAAGUGUUAGUGUUCAGUGUUUCUCCCUCGCUGCCUGUCCAGAGUUUCUAAAGCUACCAGAGGGGCUCCUUUUUUUUUCUCCAAACAUGCACUUUACUGUUUUGAUGGUUUUUAUUUUUAUUUGAAAUCUCUUUCUUACCCCGGGGAGGAUUCGUUUUUGCACUGAUCUCAGUCCACUUUGUGUUUAUUUUCAAAGCGGACGGACGUGUCUUUAUUCAGAUUUUUAAUUGAACCAGGACAAAGCUGAUAUCUUGUUUUUUUAUUGAUUCAUUUAGCAGGAAAUAAAUAUGUUAAGUUUG